AUGGCCACUGCACCACCAGUACAGUAUGAUCCGAAUUACAAUUAUGGCAAUCAACCACCCAAUUACGGUGGUCCACCCAAUUACGGUGGUCCACCUAAUUAUGGUGGUCCACCCAAUUACGGUGGUCAACCCUAUUAUGGUGGUCCACCCAAUUAUGGCGGCCCACCCAAUUAUAACGUUAAUCAACCAAACAAUUAUGGUAAUCAGCCAAAUUAUUACGGAAAUCAACCAAAUAAUGCUCCGCCUGCGCAGCAAGCCGGCAAAGAUAAAUCUUGUUGUGAGAAGUGUAUGAUUUGCUUGGCGGCUUGCGCAUGUCUGGCUUGCUUGUGCGAAUGUGGUAGUUGUUUAUGUGAUAUAUGCCAAAAUGUAAACUGA